AUGCCUCGUGGUGGCGGUCGCUUUGGCGGCGGAGGCCGCAAAUUGGGCCCUGAUAUGGCAUGGGACGACGAAGAGCCAGCCCCAGUUCUCCUUGCGAACAAGCCUGCAGCCACCUUUCCUGAGGUCGUCUUUCCUAUUCCCCGGGCUCUCGAUCAAACGGAGCUGGCGUCGACUACAAAGUACCUUAGCUUCCGCAGCCGUGCCCGCAACGGUCCAUUUUACGCCGCCCUUGAUCCAAGCAUAUUGACCGAUGACAACGGAAAAGUCGCUCCACGAGCCGGCUUUGAUCCCUUCAAUGAUCAACAGGCCUACUCGUCCAAAUUUCAGAAGAAGAGACGAAUCAUGCCAGAAGCUGCCGGCAAGAUUCAGGCGUUGCAGCUCUUUCCCAAGGAGCUGUGGCCCGUCAUCGAUCCCAAGCGAAAGAAUCCCCUUUGGAGUACCGUCGAUGUCGCCGAACUUGGCGGAAUGGGUGCGCGGAAGCGUAAGCGGCGUCUCAGUGUCGAAGCCGACGUCCGCAGCGGAGGUGAAGAUGCAGACUCAGACGAGGACUCCGAUGCUGUCGUUGCAGGCAGGAGAAAGCAGAAAAGCGAGCGAUCACGGCGUGCGGAGAAAGAUGCAAAACAACGCCAGGGCCUCGAUGCCGAGGACGACUAUCCAGAAGGCGAGCCGAAUGCAGACGAGGAAGGCGAUGGUGAGGAUGAGCCGGAAGACUCGGAUUUUGAAGAGUCUGAAGAUGAAGACAACGACUACAACGCCGAAAACUACUUCGACGCCGGCGAUGACGACGACAUGGGAGGCGACGACGAUGACGGAGGUGGUGGCGGUGGUGAUUUCUUUUCAUAA